AUGGCGGUUGCUGCUGGAGGAGGACGAGGAGGAGGGCGCUUCCUUGCACGUCUCGUCGACUCAUCAGGGUCGUCAUCCUCAUCCACAAAGUCCUCUGCUUCUGGUCCAUCCAUGGCCUCUCGACUCUCUUUCCACUUCCACGCUUACCGUUUCUUUCGAUUGCAGAAGUACCAGAGUUCAUGCUCAUUGUCCAUGAACGGCUGCGAAGGAGGGGACCCCACGUCCCCCAUCGGCAAUGCCGAGACCCGCAGCUUCCCGGCCGUGGCGACGCCUGGCCUCGCCGUGGACCGCCUCAGCUCCGCCGUGGCCAGCCUCAAGGCUAGCCCGCCGGGUUUCGGCUCCGGCAUUAUCCGUCUUCAGGUGCCAAUUCACGAAAAGAUCGAAGCGAUCGACUGGCUUCACUCUCAGCACCAGCUCCUCCCUCGCUGCUUCUUCUCCGGCCGGAACCCCAGCGGCAACUCCGAUUACUUUCUCGAGCCGUUCUCGGUCGCCAACGGCAACGGCAAUGGGCAUCUUCGCCGCCGGACGGAGCACAAGCUGGUCAGCGUCGCCGGCGUCGGAUCCGCGGUGUUCUUUCGCCACGUUCGCCCCUUCUCCUACGAAGAUUGGUUGUCCAUCAAAAGGUUUCUCUGCACAAGCUGCCCUUUAAUCCGUGCUUAUGGAGCGAUUCGGUUUGAUGCGAGAUCGAAUGUGUCACCAGAGUGGGAGGCUUUUGGUUCAUUCUACUUUAUUGUUCCUCAGGUUGAGUUGGAUGAGCUCGAAGAGAGCUCUAUGCUUGCGGCUACUAUUGCAUGGGACAAUGCUCUUUCUUGGACUUGGGAAAAGGCCAUAAAUUCACUGGAAGCUACAAUAAAUCAGGUGUCGUUGCUUGUAAUGAAGUUAAGAAAGCAAGUGCCUAAAGCAUUCAUCUUAAGUAAUAAUCACGUUCCCAGCAAGAACUACUGGGAUCUUGCAGUGAAGAGAGCUUUGCAGAUGAUUAAUGGUGAUGAAUCUGCCCUCAUUAAGGUUGUGCUAGCACGAAGCAGCAGAUUCCUUACUGCUACAGACAUAGAUCCUAUUACAUGGCUCGCUUGUUUACAGAUUGAAGGGGAAAAUGCUUAUCAGUUUUGUCUUCAGCCACCUAAUGCUCCAGCAUUCAUUGGAAACACGCCAGAGCAACUAUUUCACAGAACCAGGCUUAGUAUCAGCAGUGAGGCUCUAGCUGGAACACGUGCGAGAGGUGAAUCAGUGGCUUCGGAUCUCCAAAUAGAACUUGACUUGCUUUCAAGUCCAAAGGACCAUCUUGAGUUUACUAUAGUAAGGGAGAGCAUAAGAAGAAAAUUAGAGGCUGUAUGUAGUGGAGUGGUUGUAGAACCAAGAAAAGCAAUUCGAAAACUUUCUAGAGUUCAGCAUCUACAUGCUGUACUGGCUGGUAAAUUGAGAAGUGAAGGUGAUGAGUUUGACAUUCUGUCUUCUCUCCACCCAAGUCCAGCAGUUUGUGGAUUUCCAACAGAAGAAGCAAGGCUUUUAAUUGCUGAAACUGAGGUAUUUGACCGAGGAAUGUAUGCUGGACCUGUGGGCUGGUUUGGAGGAGGAGAGAGUGAGUUUGCUGUUGGUAUUAGGUCAGCUUUGGUUGGAAAGGGUCUUGGUGCUUUAAUUUAUGCUGGGACCGGCAUAGUGGAAGGAAGCAAUCCAUCUUCCGAAUGGGAUGAACUGGAAAUCAAGAUAUCUCAGUUUAAAAAAUUGCUCAAACUUGAGGUGCCUUCACAACAACGGUUGAUGACUUAGGGAUGAGGAUACUAAAGAUGAGAGCUGUGAAGUGCAUGAGUCUGGUUACUAAUGUCACUGGCUCUGCUCACAUUGCAUCCUUCUCAUUCACAUUUCUAGACUUUCAGAUUCAGCAAAGAAGGCUCCAUUUGAUGUUAGGUCUUUCUCGGAUCUCCAUACGACCACACUUUCUGGUGCAGAGUCCCUCUCGGGCACCCAAAUAAGAGACAUAGUUGGCAUUCCAUAUUUAUUCAUUUAGUAUCGAGCAUUUAUUUUGUGUGGAAAAUCGGAAUCACAUAAAAUGUACAUGCAUGCAGUGUCUGACAUCGUCUUUAUAUAUGCGAAUUCAUUUUUUCAUUCUUAGUUGAUUUCUAGCAGAUGAUCGAAGAAAUAGCAUUACAGCCUUGCAAUCUGGAUUUGGAGGGCAAUGAUCUGUUACCCUGGUAAAAUAGAAGGUCAGCUUCUAUUCUAACUAUGGAAUGCCGGAGGCAAUGAGGUUAGUCAAUCAUUAACCACAAGAAUAGAACCCCUCAACACCUUGGCAUCAUCCGGACCAGUCCCUGGGCGACUCGUUUGGAAGCUUCAUUUGGUUCUUAGGUUGCAUCGUAGGAUUAGCUAUUGCUACCUCCAAAAUCAGACGACCUGCGGUGUACUCCAUUUGUCAGUUCAAUAUGGAUCUGAGAAAACAAUUUGAAUCCGAUUUCCG